AUGGCAUCUUCAUCAAGAAGUCGUCCUGGCAGUUUUGGCCCUAAUUCCAAUAAUGAUGAUAUAAAUGAUCCAAGAUUUAAGCUUCCAUUCAAUCAUGGUAAGUGUAUUUGUAUAUUAUUUUGCUGUUUAUUUUUGUUUUUAUCCAAUUCUUCCUGUAAGCUACUUUUAAUUUUUAGUUUGAUUCUUUAUGAAUACUGAUAUACUGUAAGGUGUUGACUUGCACUGUCAGUGAAAUCAUGUUUUAGUGAAAAAUUUAACCACCAGUUAUAUAUUAGUGCUGACCAGACAUUGUAAUAGGGGGGUCUUUUGGGAUUUCAUGUCUGCACUACAUCUACCCAACUCAAAUUAUGAUUUACUUUAAUAAGUUGUUUUUUUUAGGAUGGAGGCGGGAAUUUGUAAAGAGGAACCCUAAAAAUAAAAGUAAAAUACAAUUUGAUGUAUAUUAUUAUAGUCCUACCAACAAAAAAUUUAGAUCAUUAAAAGAUUUAGAGAGCUAUUUAAAACCAAAGACUACUAAAUUAACCCUGAAAAAUUUUACUUUCUUGAAACAACUUAUUGGAAUGGAUGAAUCAAAAGAAUUAAUUAGAAAUGCUUUAACUAAAGUAAGAUGUUGAAAAUUUUAUUUAAUGUUGUUUAAUAUUGAUUUCUAUAUAUAUUAUAAUGUGUUUUUAGAAUACAAAACUAUUGGGCCGGAGACCUAGGCCUGAAAUACUGGAGGCAAAUGCAGUUAUAGGUAAUUUAAUAGCAAAAAUUAAUUUUUUUAAACAUAAAACGAUUCUGAGCAAAAGCACAGUUAAUAUUAUUGUUUUUUCAACAAUACUUUUGUUAUAUUACAGUAAAAUCAAUAUUAUAUUGAAACAAUGUGGAUCAUUGCCUACAUUUAUUCUACAAAAUAAAAAUUAUGUAUACAACUGGCAAUAUUAAAUAAAAUAUCUAUAUAUAGCUCAAAAAUAGUUUAAAUUUUUUGAAAAUUUUAAAUGAAUAAUUACAUUUAUUUUAUUUUGUUUUAAAUAAUUUAGAGCCUUUAAAUACAACUAGAUCCACACAAGAAAGGCAAGCUGAAGAAAGUCAAGAUGAGGAAAUGCAAACUAAUGGAAGUCAAGCAGAAGAAAGUCAAACUGAGGAAAUGCAAGCAGAUGAAAGUGAAGCUGAGGAAAUGCAAGGUGAUGGAAGUCAAACUGAGGAAAUGCAAGCUGAGUGGAAUCAAGCUGAGGAAAUUCUAGCUGAGUGGAAUGAUGCUGAGGAAAUGCAAGGUGAUGGAAGUCAAACUGAGGAAAUGCAAGCAGAUGAAAGUGAAGCUGAGGAAAUGCAAGGUGAUGGAAGUCAAACUGAGGAAAUGCAAGGUGAUGGAAGUCAAACUGAGGAAAUGCAAGCAGAUGAAAGUGAAGCUGAGGAAAUGCAAGCUGAUGGAAGUCAAACUGAGGAAAUUAAAGUUGAAAAAAGUCAGGUAGAGGAAGGUCAAACUGAGGAAAUGCAAGAUUUGUGGAGUGAAGAUGAGGAAAUGCAAGCUGAAAGAAGUCUGGCAGAGGAAUGUCAUACUGAGGAAAUGCAAGCUGAGUGUAGUGAAGCUGAGGAAAUGCAAGCUGAGUGGAGUGACGAUGAGGAAAGUCUAGCUGAGGAAAUGCAAGCUGAAAAAAAUCUGGCAGAGGAAUGUCAUACUGAGGAAAUGCAAGCUGAGUGUAGUGAAACUGAGGAAAUGCAAGCUGAUGGAAUUCGAGCUGAAGAAAUGCAAGCCGACAAAAUUCAAGCAGAGGAAAUGCAAUCUGAAGAAUUGCAAUCUGGGAGGAGACAAGCUGUGGAAAUGCAAUCUGAGGAAACUCAAGCUGAAGAUAGUCAUUCUGGACAUAGUCUAGAUUCUCAGUCAACAUUUUCUCUUCCAAUACCCGAUAUGGAAUCUUCUACAAAUGUUAAACAACGGUAGCAUAUACAUUAUAUUUAAUAUUUUUAUUACUUUAACAGCUUUUGAUGGUUAGUUUUUAAUUUGAUUUCACAAUAUUAAUGCUAAAUGUAAGUGGUUGUUAUCCUUACACUUUCUUUAUAAACCUUCCUCAAUCAAUCCAUAAUACAUAUGCAAGGAAAAUAAUAAAUUAUUAACAUAAGAUGGAGAAGUUUUCAUGCAGGCUUCAUGUGAUAUCCAGUAUAUAAUUUUAUUUUUAUUUUUGUGAAAUGUAAUAUUGACCAGGCAUAAAGUAGCAUUGGUCAUUAGUCAUAUUUUUAUAAAUGAGAAUAAAAAAUUUUUUUUAAUACUUUAAUUCAAUUGGUUCUCUUUUUUUUUCGGAUUUGAGAGGAAAAUCUACUUCCUUGAUUUCUUUCAACCGCUAUUUGUAUUUACUUAUUAUUUUAUUCAAGUUCAAAUACCUUUUUUGUUUGAAUGUUACAAGGUAGUAUAUAUAUAUAUAUAUUUAUGUGUGUGUAUUUAUAUGUGCCUGAAGAGAACAUAUAAACAAAAAAAAAAAAAACAUUUUCAAUUUAAAACCAGGAACUAAUUAUGAUUUUUAUUAUUUUUAUUAAACUAUUACAGAGCAUCUGAAAUGAAUGAGUUGCAGACAAUAAUGAGUGGUCAAGAUUCAAAAAUGCAAUUUUUAAAUGAUAUGAACGAUUCAUUGAAGUGUGUUUUUGCACAUUUAAAUAUCGAAGAUCUAAUAACUGCAUCCAAAGUGUGUUCUUCUUGGAGCAAUAUUGCUUUGGAUUCAUGUUUGGUAAGAACAAUUUUGAAUUGUAGAAUUGAUAUGGAAAACUUAAUAAUAUAGGAUUAUUUGUAUAAACUUUUUCAUUUUUUAUAAUGCAGAUUAUAAUAAAAAUAAUUCUUUUAAUAUUUAUUAAAAAAAAAUGUGGUAUAAUCUGCAAUAAAUCAUUCUUCAUUAUAACAUAUAAGAUAUGGUGUUUAUUUGAUCAUUUUGUGCAGUCGAUAGAUAUCAUGGAAGUUAUCAAUGUAUUUAAAUCUGAGCCUUAUUUUUUAAAUAAUUUUCUUAUAAUUUUACCAUUGACUUAUUAUUUUAGUUUAAAAUGUUCAUUUUUGUUCUAGUGGAAAAAUGUUUAUUUAAAAAAUAUGAUGGUUGAUAACUGGAAGGAUUUGGUAGAACUUAUUAAUGUGCAAGGAUCUAUUUCAUUGGAAACUAGGGGCAUGGUAUUGCCUACAUCAGUUCAGGAUUUGGACACUUUUUGGUCAAAUUUUUCUAUAGCUAUACCAAAUGCAACUAAAUUAGAAGUUCUUGAGCUGUAUAAAUGUCCAAUCAGGGUUUUUCAUAAUGUGAUAAAUUCAUUACAACAACUUAAAAAAUUGAAUGUUACUUUAAUAAAGUAAUAUUUAGAAUAUGAUUUCUUUAUACUUAAACAAAUUAAAUCUAAUUUUAUUUCAUUAUUUUUCAGAAAUCCACAUGAUAACGCACAAAUUGUAAAUGAACUUAUAUCCUUAAACAUGAACUGUAUGAGUAACAUGACAAAUCUAACAGAAUUAAGAAUUAGUGGUGAAACGAAAAUUGAACUCUUAUUAUCGCAAGAACUAACAUUCUUGACCAACCUAAAAACUUUGGUAAGUCAAUUAUAGUUUUACAUAAAGAUUAACUAAAAUUAUAAUUCUAGUUGUAGAUGGAAAAGUAUAUAAUAUUCUUAUGAACCACCAAUUGUUUUCAAUUAAAUUAAUUGUCCUUUAAAUAUAGAUAAAUGUACAAUAUUACUAUUUAACUAAUUAUAUUUGUACACUAUUCAUUUGUUUAAUUGUAUAAUUUAUAGAUUUUAUUAUAGUAUUACUUUAGUAGUAAACUUAACUAAAAGUAGUACUUUAUAGUAUUACUCUUUGUGUUUUUAAUUUAACUGUAUUUUUUUUUUUUUAGUCGUUAACAUCCAUUCAAUCAUUCCCUGAAGAAUUCUUCAACAUUUUGGGAACAACUCUAAUUAACCUGGAAACAUUAGAAAUAGGAGACUGUGAAAACUUACCUGAUGAUUUCACAAUGUUUUUAAAAAAAAUUACCAAUUUAAGAUCCUUAAGAUUAGAAAAUUGUUAUACACGAUUUUUAUCAAAAAAUUUAGGUGCCAUUAGAUCUAUGAAAAAUUUAAAGAAAUUGGAAUUAAUCAACGCUGAAAUCACUGAUUUUGUGGCAAUAGAAUUGAGAAAAUGUCAUGGUAUAACAGCUUUACUAAUUAUUCCUCUCUUUGAAGAAAAAGUAAGUAUUAUAAUGUUGUNUUAACACAUUUUGUUUGGGGAAUAACAUUACAGUAUCUUCGGAUAAGUGAUAUAUUCAUUCAAAAUUAUCAAAAAAGUUUAAGUGAUCUUGGCUACAGUUCAAAUCUAUCAGAAAAAUUGGAACCUCUUGAUAAUAUGGCAGUUUAUAGGACAACAAAAAUAAAACUCCAAUCAGAACUCUCAAAAGUAAAUCAAUCAAAACUUUCUAAUCCUCUAGGCACAGAAAGUCCUGAAAAUGAUUACGGAUAUAAAUUGAGUUUAGACACAGUGUCAGUGUCAGAGCUAAAACAUUGUUUGAAAUCAAUAUUUGGAAAUACUAAAGUUAAAAUCAUAAAGAUAUUGACUACAGAAGCUAGUCAAGUGUUUUUAUCGAAACACUUUGAUGAUUUUUAA